GAUGUGAGAAGGAACAAUCUGUUCAUUCAUCCACAGAAAAAUUUAGACAACCCCUAAUUUGACCGAUUUGGUUAUUCUUCCUACAGCUAUUGUGUCUUGUCCCCAAGAAUCAGAUUGGCUAGGGUUUCGUCCCCUGUUCCAAAUCAAAAAUCCUCAAUUCUAGCCAAUUUCUUCCGUUUGGUGGCUUUGUAAUCGUUCUUUGUUUUUGCAGUGAUGAUUCGGUGAGAUAUUAUGAUCUUCUCAAUCUCUGCUUCUCACCGGUUCCUACAUCAUCCUUAGAAGAAAAAAAGAAUGUUACCUGUCAAAGAAGGGCUUCAAAAACAGGUCAAGAUUCUUAUCGGAUUAGGGUUUGGAGGUUACAGGGGUUUCCACUCUAGAUUCGCUAGCCCUAACGGGUUUCUCGAGCCCGCGAGCUCUGAUUUGGUUUUCAUCAACGAAAGGAGGAACCUUUCUGUCCUCGGUGCUCUGUCUCGAACAUUCUCUGUUCCUUCUGUAUCCGGUCCGGCGUUUCACGUCUGUGGGUAUCAUUUGCUUUCGGAGACGACGACAAGUGUGACAGGUGAAUCAAUGGCGAGUCUUGGUUGUUCAAAGUCUUUGUUUUUAGAUCGUUGUGUUGAUCCUCUGUUUUCGUCUAAGCGUUACGCUGGUGGUGGGAGAAUCAGUAUGAGAAUCAAAGGAAAAGAUAAUAAUAUUAAUAACUCUACGGUUUACGGGUAUUUUGCUUAUCGUGCUGCUAAGAAAUGGAUUGCUUUUAAUCCGAAAACCGGAGGGUUAGGGUUUAGAGGUUUGCAUAGCUCACUGUUAAACCGCUUUUCAGCUGGGAAUGCUCCUAAUGUCUCGUUUGAUAACUCUCUUACUGAGGAAAAGGUUAGUUCGGAUUUUGGACCGGAUAAGCUUUGUGUUAAGCCGUUGAAACUCGUCUCGGGGUCUUGCUACCUACCGCAUCCUGAUAAGGAGGAGACAGGAGGGGAAGAUGCUCAUUUUAUCUGUGCAGAGGAGCAAGCUUUAGGUGUUGCAGAUGGUGUUGGAGGUUGGGCGGAGCUUGGUAUCGAUGCAGGUUACUACUCUCGUGAGCUUAUGUCUAACUCCGUAAGCGCGAUCCACGACGAGCCUAAAGGAUCUAUUGAUCCUGCGAGAGUGUUGGAGAAGGCUCAUACUAGUACAAAGUCACAAGGGUCUUCAACGGCUUGCAUCAUAGCUUUGACGGACCAGGGACUUCACGCGAUCAACCUAGGGGAUAGUGGUUUCAUGGUGGUCCGUGAAGGGCAUACUGUUUUCCGUUCUCCUGUUCAGCAGCAUGACUUCAACUUCACGUAUCAGCUGGAGAGUGGGAGUAACGGCGAUUUACCGAGUUCCGGUCAGGUGUUCACGGUUGCUGUAGCUCCUGGUGACGUGAUAGUAGCUGGAACAGACGGAUUGUUUGAUAAUCUUUACAACAACGAGAUCACAGCGAUAGUGGUUCAAGCGGUGAGAGCGGGGACGGAUCCUCAGGUGACGGCACAGAAGAUUGCAGCUUUGGCGAGGCAGAGAGCGCAGGACAAGAACAGACAAACUCCAUUCUCUACAGCAGCGCAGGAUGCUGGAUUCAGAUACUAUGGAGGUAAGCUUGAUGAUAUUACAGUUGUUGUCUCUUAUGUGGCGGCUUCGAAAAAGGAAAAUAUUUGAAAUGAAGAUACGAAUACAGAUGUGUUGUGAUGUGUUGAGUUUAUUAAGGUUUGUGUUUUGCAGAGAACUCUCUUGUUGUUUUGUUGUUUGGUGGCUUGUGAGCAAGUCGGAUCAACUGAUUAUAUUUGAUUUUUUGAUGUGUAUAUGUAAUAAAAAGAAAGAGAAUGUGGACUUGAAUGAGAUUAAAGAGUAGCUCG